UGAGUGGCCUGUGGGUUGUUGGGCGAAGGGAGAGUAAGCGGCACCUAAAGACGUCUGCAAAAUAAUCAGUCUUCUCUUUGCAAGAGGUCAGAGAUCGGGUACUUGUCUUUACAGAAGAAUCCAGCAGAGGAGGAAGGUUUUCUGCUGAUCCAGCUGGGGGCCGUCUGGCGACGAAGGGCGGAUGAAGGGAGAGCUGGACUCAGUUGGUCCAGAGACAAGAAAAGGCCCUGAAGCCACCGAGGUUGAGAGCAGAAGGGAACUGUGGGAAGAAAACAUGCGGAAGAGCCUGGGAGAGAAUUUUAUCCUUUCAGAUGUGCAGCACCAGCACUUCAGGCACUUCCACUACCAGGUUGCCGAAGGGCCCCGAGAGGUCUGUAGCCACCUACACCAUCUUUGCCACCAGUGGCUGGAGCCAGAAAGGCACAGCAAGAACGAGAUCCUGGACGUCUUGGUCUUGGAGCAAUUCCUGGCUGUCCUGCCCCCAGAGAUGGAGAGCUGGAUCAGAGAAUGCAGGCCGGAAACCAGUUCCCAGGCAGUGGCCCUGGCAGAAGGCUUCCUCCUGAGCCAGGCAGAUGCCAAGAAUCAGGCCCAGCAGGUGCAAGAAAAGAUCACAAUGGAGUAUUACCACGGAGCGGAUUUUCCAAGCAUGGCCUUGAAAGCAACAUAUUCUUUGCCAUCUCUUUGUGACAGAGAGAAAGCAGCUUCCAUGCAGCCACAGUGGGCUCCGGUGACCUUCGAGGAGGUGUCUGUUCAUUUCACCGAGGAGGAAUGGGCUCUGCUGGGUCCGGACCAAAGAAGCCUUCACGAGGAAGUCAUGGAGGACAAUCGUCAGGCUGUGGCCUCUCUGGAGGCUGAUGGUCCCCAGAAAAAUCCUGAGGGAGAUCCCCAAGAGCUCCCAUUGGAAGGAAAAUGGUGGAGAAGCAGCAAUGGAACAAAACAGAAGAGGAGGAAUGAAACCUCUGCUUCUCAGAGUGCUGAAUGCCAGGACAUCCUGCCAUACCGUCGAAGAAUCAGCUGCCCCAUUUGUGGAAAAAUAUUCUUUUAUGAUUCAGUGUUUGAUACACACUGGAGAAAACACACAGGAGAGAAACCAUAUAAGUGUUUGGAGUGUGGGAAGAGCUUUGCUCGGAGUUCAGAGAUUACUAUCCAUCAGCGUAUCCACACAGGAGAGAAACCCUAUAAAUGUAUGGACUGUGGAAAGGGCUUUGUUCGGAGUACAGAGCUUACUGUCCAUCGACGUAUCCACACAGGAGAGAAACCAUAUAAAUGCUUGGAGUGUGGGAAGAGCUUUGCUCGAAGUGCAAACCUUACUGUCCAUAAACGUAUCCACACAGGAGAGAAACCUUAUAAAUGUAUUGACUGCGGAAAGAGUUUUACUCAGAGUACACAUCUUCUUUUACACCAACGUGUCCGUACUGGGAAGAAGCCAUAUGAAUGUUUGGAUUGUGGAAAGUGCUUUGCUCAGAAUACAGAGCUUACUGUCCAUCAACGCAUCCACACAGGGGAAAAGCCAUAUAAAUGUGUGGACUGCGGAAAGUGUUUUGCUCGGAGUAGAGAGCUUACUGACCAUAGGCGGGUCCACACAGGGGAGAAACCAUAUAAAUGUACGGACUGUGGAAAGAGCUUUGCUCGGAAUACGCAUCUUGUUUUACAUCAACGAAUCCAUACUGGGGAGAAACCAUAUAAAUGUGUGGACUGCGGAAAGAGCUUUGCUCGGAAUACACAUCUUACUUUACAUCAACGAAUCCAUACUGGAGAGAAACCAUAUAAAUGUGUCGACUGUGGAAAAUUCUUUGCUCAGAGUGCACAGCUUACUGUACAUCGACGUAUCCAUACAGGGGAGAAACCCUAUAAAUGUGUGGACUGUGGAAAGUGCUUUGCUCAGAAUAUAGAUCUUACUGUCCAUCGACGUACCCAUACCGGAGAGAAACCAUAUAAAUGUAUGGACUGUGGAAAGUGUUUUGCUCAGAGUGCGCAGCUUACUGUACAUCGACGUAUCCAUACAGGGGAGAAACCCUAUAAAUGUGUGGAUUGUGGAAAGCACUUUGCUCAGAAUACAGAGCUUACUGUCCAUCAACGUAUCCACACAGGGGAAAAGCCAUAUACAUGUGUGGACUGUGGAAAGAGCUUUGCUCGGAGUAUGCUGCUUAGUAACCAUAGGCGGAUCCACACAGGGGAGAAACCCUAUAAAUGUGUGGACUGCGGAAAGAGCUUUGCUCAGAAUACGCAUCUUGUUUUACAUCAACGUAUCCAUACCGGAGAGAAACCAUACAAAUGUAUGGACUGUGGAAAAUGUUUUGCUCAGAGUGCGCAGCUUACUGUCCAUCGACAUAUCCACACAGGAGAUAAACCAUAUAAAUGCUUGGAGUGUGGGAAGAGCUUUGCUCGGAGUUCAGAGCUUACUAUCCAUCAACGUAUCCACACAGGAGAGAAACCAUAUAAAUGCUUGGAGUGUGGGAAGAGCUUUGCUCAGAGUGCAAACUUUAUUGUUCAUAAACGAAUCCACACAGGAGAGAAACCCUAUAAAUGUAUUGACUGCGGAAAGAGCUUUACUCGGAAUGCAUAUCUUAGUUUACAUCAACGUGUCCAUACUGGAAAAAAGCCAUAUGAAUGUGUGGAUUGUGGAAAGUGCUAUACUCAGAAUACAGGGCUUACUGUCCAUCAACGUAGCCACACAGGGGAAAAGCCAUAUAAAUGUUUGGACUGUGGAAAGAGCUUUGCUCGGAGUACAGAGCUUACUGAUCAUAGGCAUAUCCACACAGGGGAGAAACCAUAUAAAUGUAUGGACUGCGGGAAAAGCUUUUCUCGGAAUACACAUCUUGUUUUUCAUCAACGUAUUCAUACCGGGGAGAAACCGCAUAAAUGUAUGGAAUGCGGAAAGAGUUUUGCUCAGAGUACAUAUCUUACUUUACAUCAGCGUAUCCAUACCAGAGAGAAACCAUAUAAAUGUACGGACUGUGGAAAAUGCUUUGCUCGGAGUGCAACCCUUACAGUCCAUCGACGUAUCCAUACAGGGGAGAAACCCUACAAAUGUGUGUACUGUGGAAAGAGCUUUGCUCAGAAUAUAGAUCUUACUGGCCAUCAACGUAUCCACACAGGGGAGAAGCCAUAUAAAUGUAUAGACUGUGGAAAGAACUUUGCUCGGAGUAAAGAACUUACUGUCCAUCGACGAAUACAUACAGGGGAGAAAACAAAUAAAUGUGUGGACUGCGGUAAGAGCUUUGCUCGGAGGAAAGACUUUACUUCCCAUCAACGUAACUAUACAGGGGAGAAACCAUAUAAAUGUGCAGAUUGUGGAAUGAGCUUUGCUCAGAUGGCAACUCUCUCUGUCCAUUGACGAAUUCAUACUGGUGAAAAAGCAUAUAAAUGUGUGUACUGUGGAAAGAGCUUUGCUCAGAGUGCAUACCUUAUUAUCCAUCAACGUAUCCAUUAGGGGUGUGCACCCGGAAAAGACCCGGGUUUCCUGCUUUGGGUUUACCUGAAGUGAGAAAAUGAUCUGUAAUAACCUGAAACCCAAAGCAGCAAGCUGCUUCAGGAUUGUGGUAUUUAAAUUGCCUCAGUAUGCUCCAUAAAGAUUUGGAGCACACUGAAGGGAGGAGGAAAGCUUCAGCUGGCCUGGGGGAUUCCCCUGCAGGCCAGCUGGAGUUUAAAUGGACUUUUCCUAUCCCUUUGUAAGCAACAGGAGAAGAGUCCUUUCAGCGCUCCUGCUGGUCCAGACGGGGGGAUCCCAUCCACGGGCCAGCUUUGCAAGCAACAGGGAAAGGGCCCUUUUGGCACUCCAGCUGGUUCAGCUGCCUGGUAGGGAAGUCCCUGCCAGACAGCUGAUGCCACAGUUUAAAUGUCCCUUUUUCUGCUGCUUUGAAGCAGCAGGGAAAGGGGUGCUUAAACCCCACCAGCUUGCAUCAGCUUGCAUGGUGGUGAAGUCCUUGCCAGACAGCUGAUGCCGCGGUUUAAAUGUCCCUUUUCCUGCCAC